GCUCGCGGUGUUCCAUCUUUUCGUUGCUCCAUCUUCCUGUCACCUUUGGAUUUUUCAGGCGCAUGCUCGCUCUGCAGUAUUUGCUACUUUUCAUCAUCCUUCGUGGUACUGCCCUAUUUUCCUUUCUUUGGUUAGCUGCUUGAGUUUCGGAUGCGAGCGCUUGCAUCCUUGAUUACAUCUUAGCCUCUUUUUUCGGCACAGUCAAUUUGAAAGCGUGGUUCUGGUAGAGGAGGGUACACAUUUCAAUCUCAGUCGAUCUCUCAUUGCCUACCACGGAGAAGUCCGGCAAAUGGACGCUGACGGAUCGCAUGAGUACUGGGAGGAAAUAGCUAUCACUACAUCCGAAUCAGCUUCCGGAGAAGUGGAUAUUCAUAACCUAACGGGAGGGCCUCCCCGAGGGGCCGACUUUUCUUCCACACAGUGCAACAUGCGGGGCAAGAGAUUAAUCUUUAGGGAUGAAGGCGUAGCAGCUCGUAGGGAAGGCGACACAGGGGCCGGUUCUAGUACCGAGCAAGAGCAUACGGACACUCCUGAACCCAAGCUACAAACUCUGGUAAUGAAUGGGGAGGGCUGUUCGUUUCGGAGAAGCGGGAAGAACGAGCAACCUACUUCCGAAUUACGUUCACCUCCCGUGAGACUUUUUGGUAGGGAACUGAGACCUAUAUCUUUUGCACCGUCCUUGGCUCACUCUCCUCAAGGCAUCGAGCGCUGGAAGUUAUACGGGAUUGAUUACAACGGAAGCCCUGAUGGUCUUACGAGAAUAGAUGCAACACAUCGACGCCGCGAUUCGGACGAACUUGCGCAAAGCGUGGCAGCUCGCCCCGUGUCUUCGGAAAUGCUUAAGUUUAGCUCCGGUGAAAGUUCGAGCCGAAGUUCGGGCGGUCCUAGUCUUACUUUAAACGUUCCGGGUAAUGACUCGGAUGCCAGUAAUCCUGGCUUGGACAAUAAUAGACCUAUUUUGAGUGCGGAUCGGUUGAGGGAGUCAAUCAACAUGGCCUAUACUUACCUGGGGCCUGGUGCUUUGUUACCCGAAGAUACUGAGAUGGACUUUGAGAUUCGUUCAUCCCUCGAAGGAUCAUUCUAUGAUACAGACAGGAUACCGUUUGGUGCGCCCGUGGAAGUCAAUCUUGAAAUUGAAGCUUUUCAGCGCGUUACAACACAAAGAGGAGGAAUGUUGAUGAAGUUAACGCGGACAGAGAGGAAGAAGUUAUCUGGUGCUGAAAAAAUUCACCCUAAGCGAGCAAGGUUCCUCCCAUUAGCAGCUCGAAGACGCCACUCAUCUUUGCCUUCGCGCGGGUCGUCUCCUUCUUCAUCUUCGUCUUCCCGACCUGACUCACCCAAUGGAUGGGAACAACACGGCCGUCAGCCACCCCAUCACGAAGGGCCUUUGCAACCACCAUCGCGAAGUGAUGGUAGGGAACCUAUGGAAUCAGAUGAUGCAGGGGGCGAGGAUGGCGAUGAAGGAGGGUUAAAUACUGUGCAUGGUGACAUGGAAGAUGGUGAAAUGCGGAUGGACCUUACCGACGAUUUGUUGCACAAAGUGUUCUCGUUCCUUGAUGACACCGCACUAUGUCAAGCAGCCAUGGUCUGUAAGCAGUGGCGGGUGGCCAGUACUCAUGAAGACUUUUGGAAGUCAUUGAACUUUGAAAACCGCUCUGUCAGCCACGAACAAGUUGGUCGCCUUUGUGUCAGGUACCCGAAAGCAACCCAACUCAAUUUACGAGGAGCUCCAUGUGUAGAUGAAGUGCUAGUACGAGAGGCGAUGCGGUCACUGAGAAACUUGGAGGUCCUGACACUGGGUCGUGGAUUUUUGAGUGAUGGUUUUUUCUACGCGUUAGCGCUGGAGUGCGCUGCGUUACAGCACUUGAGCAUCACGGAUGCAGUAUUGGGUAACGGUGGUGCACAAGAAAUCCAACUUCGUCAUGAUUCACUACGUCGUCUUCAGAUUCAGAAGUGCCGUGUGCUGCGCAUUGCCAUCAGGUGCCCUCAACUGGAAUAUCUCUGCCUGAAGCGAACCGGGACUGCUUCUGCCAUGCUACAUUGUCCUCGGCUCUUAACUCUGGACGUAUCUUCUUGCCAUAAGUUAUCUGAUGCAGGCGUUCGAGCAGCAGCAACAGCUUGUCCACUCCUCGCAUCUUUGGAUAUCUCAAACUGUGCUUACGUUAGUGACGAGACUUUACGGGAAAUCUCAAUCGCCUGUAACAAUCUCCGCACUUUAGAUGCAUCUUAUUGUCCAAACAUUUCGUUGGAGGGUGUUCGGAUGCCAAUGCUCAUAGACUUGAAGCUGCAAAGUUGCGAGGGUAUCAUCUCGUCGUCCAUGGCGGCAUUAUCAAGCUGUGCUAUGCUUGAGGUAUUGAGCAUGGACUUUUGCUUGCUGACUGCUGUCAAUCUUGACCUACCUCGGCUUCGACAAAUUAGUUUGAGCAACAAUAGAAAGUUUGUGGAACUGACCUUGCGGAGCCCUGCCCUCGUCUCGCUGAAUCUCAACCACUGCCCUUUUCUUAACCGUGUUGAUAUAACGUCCAGCUCCCUACAGAGUCUAACGCUCAGACAGCAGAAUGGCCUUUCAAGUAUGGCACUUCAGUGUCCUUGGUUGAAAGAGGUCGACUUGACAGAGUGCGAGUCACUUACAAACGCAGUUUGCGACGUCUUCAGUAAUGCCGGUGGCUGUCCUAGGCUAAGCACUUUGACUCUUGACAGCUGUGAGGGUUUAACUGAGGUGAAGUUGUCGUCCUCUUCAAUUCAAAGUCUCUCUCUUGUGGGCUGCCGAAAUAUACAGUCUCUCAACCUCGCAUGCCCUGUCCUUCAGAACUUGGUUCUGGAUGGAUGUGAUCAUUUGCAAACGGCUUCCUUCUCUCCGGUUGGACUCAAUUCUCUGAAUCUUGGAAUUUGCCCACAUUUGGUCAAGCUAGAGGUUGAGGCAUCGCACAUGACUCAUUUGGAUCUAAAAGGGUGUGGAAUUCUGACUCAAGCCGCCAUUCGCUGUCCGUCUCUUUCGUCGCUCGAUGCGUCUUACUGCAGCCAAUUGGGUGAUGACUGCCUCACAGCCACGACAUACGCUUGCCCUGUUAUUCAGUCGCUGGUUUUGGCUUCCUGUCCUUCUGUUGGACCAGUUGGGCUUCUAGCCUUAAAGAGAUUGAGAAAUUUAACCACGCUGGAUCUUUCAUACACAUUCUUAACUGACCUGUCACCUAUCUUUGAAGCAUGCCCCCGGCUGCAGGUGCUGAGGCUGUCUGCAUGUAAGUAUUUGGGUGAUAAUGCACUUGAUGCUUUACAUGGUGGGAAGGUGCUUCCUGAGUUGCGAGAGUUGGAUCUUUCUUAUGGGAGUUUGGGCCACUCGGCCAUAGAGAGAGUGAUGGCCCUGUGCCCGCAUUUAUCUCAAGUGAGCUUGAACGGAUGCGCACAUGUUACGGAUCUCCUGUGGGCAUGCUUGGCGACUCCACCUAUGGCUGGUGUUGCUUCCAGAGAAUUGAGUGGAAUUGAGGAUACUGGAAUGGAAGAUGUCUUGUCGUCCGAUGUUAGCUUUGACCACCAAGGUCAGCCAAUGGAUCUAGCUCAAUGUAGAGACAUCAACUUUAACGACAACGCUGCGGGCAUCGAGGAGUCAGGAGCGAAUGACUCCUUUGUGAUCAAUUCGGCGAGUGGAACUUUAUUGGAUGCAGAAGAAUUAAGUUCUACACAGAUGUUGGUCUCGGGUUCAGAUUGUGGGGCUAGCACAAUACUGGAACCUCUUGAGCCUUCUGCCGCAUCUAUGGAGUCAGAGAUUGUGAUGGUUAGGGCACUACAAAGCCUUAGUUGCGUCGGCUGCCCUCAUAUCAAGAAAGUUGUUCUUCCUCGAUAUGCCUCCUGCUCACAGCUUACUUCACUUAAUCUUUCUCUUUCUGUAAAUAUUCGGGAGGUUUUACUGUCUUGUACGAACUUGACAUCUCUUAAUCUCAGUAACUGUGCAGGAUUGGUGGUACUUGAGCUCGAGUGCCCUCGACUUAUGAGCUUAUUUUUGCAGGCUUGUGGCAUUGAAGCGAGGACUCUAGAGCUUGCCAUUCAGGGCUGCGUUCAGCUUGAAACUUUGGAUGUUCGUAAUUGUGCGAAGGUCUGUGCGUCGUCGCUGGCCCAGAUGCGGGCCGUAUGUCCAGGGCUGAAGCGACUGUAUAACACAAUGUCAACGUGAAGUCGGUGCAGCCCAUGCGUAUGUCAUUCACAUUUACCAAUGAUUAUUUUGGAAGCGCUCCGCGUGGAAAAUGAAAGAGCUGGAGCAAUGUGUUUGAAGAUAAUGGAUCUGUGAUGUGUCCUGGAGCGAGCUUUCUUUCCCAGCCUGAGGAGAAAGUCGAAAGAUGUUUCAUGGUGCUAGAUCCCGUUACCAUCAGCUUGCAUUGCCGGGAACAUUUUGAUUGGUGCUGAAGGACUCUACCUCCCAGUUAUAACAGGAAGGUGUCGCUUGGACUAUCUUUCAGUAGCUUGCAACCACCAAGCAAGAAACAAGUAUUAGUUUCGCUCUUGGGUGGUCUGUUUCAGGAGGAAGGGGCAUUUGUUCUCAUUACGUUACAUCUGCUCAAAUGUCCGAGGCGAAAUGGGCUUGGGAUGCCGAGGAGCGCUUGUGCUGAGGCAUAGUUUUUGUACCACCCGAAAUCGGAGUAUUUCUUUCACGCAGAAAUUUCCAAUGUUAUCUCAAAGAUAUCAUGACGAGAUUUUCAAUGUAAUCCGAUCAAGCCAAAUGCUUAUAUUGCUUGUACAAGUUCGCUCGAGGCAAGCAGCAGCAGCUGGUGUGGUGCCCAUUAAGGAGUGAAAGGGCUAUGAGCUUUUCAGUGUAUUUGAGAGCCACUCACUGAGUCAGGUACUGUCCAGUCUGUCAUCGAAGUAACGCUUGAGCAUCACAGCAUAGUAUAGCAUGUCGGAUGGCGAAAGUUUUCGACUCAUGAUGUGCUGGACUUUCUUGUAGGCAUAUCUCCAGUCGAGUGAACGUCUUUUCCCAUUUCGUUCACGUGUCGUAUCUUCCUAUAGUAGGUAUCUGUCCAUAACGAUUGAUUUUUGUACACGGUAUCAAAACUGACAUGAUUCGUCUCUUCAUGAAAAUUCAUCACUCCCAUGAUCAUGUACUUGACAAUCGUUGAGAUACAACGAAAA